UUUCUGUUUUGCAGUGUCACUUAACGGUGCCUCAGUUUCUCCGUCUGUAACAUGGCGAUCUCUGUCCCAGGGAAGGAUCAUUCGAGAGUCUGAAUUCAUUAAUAUUUGCAAAGUGCCUUGAUAGAAAUGCUAGGAAGAAGAAUGUCACAAAAGCUGCUGAAAGAAGCCUUUAUCAGCAACUUAAAUGGAACAAGUUUUCUAGAAAUUUCAAUAGGUUUAACUCUAGCUCCACUGUGUAUAGCUUGCAGAGGUUUGCUGUUAAUUUUGUAUAAUCUGCACAAUGGAAGACCUUUACAUUCAAGAAAGUAUCAUCUACUACUCGACUUUACAGUGCUAGUAGUUCCUUUUGUGCUCAGCUGUACAAUUUUGUCCCCUGUACUCCCUCUUUUGCCAAUAACUAUUGGGGCCUUCUGUGCAGGAUUAUUUUAUAAAAUAUACAACAGACGAAAUCAUUGUAUCAGGACUCCUCCGAAGCAAAUCAUACAUGAUUUCCUGAAGACUAGCUUAGAACCAGACUACAUUCCAUCAAUAACAGUGUUUCGUGUUUACGUCAACAUAUUAACUGCAAUUAACAUUCUAGCAGUGGAUUUUCCACAGUACCCCAGACGGUAUGCUAAAACUGAGACCUAUGGAACAGGAGCUAUGGAUUUUGGAGUGGGAGCUUUUAUUUUUGGUAAUGCUCUUGUUUGUCCUGAAGUUAGACAAAAAACAGGUGUGCAAUCCAAAUUCUCCUGUCUAGCAAGACAGUUGUUAUCUGUUUGGCCAUUAGUUUUUCUUGGCUUGGGACGACUGAUCAGUGUUAAAGCUGUAGAGUAUCAUGAACAUUUUUCAGAGUAUGGAGUGCACUGGAAUUUUUUUUUUACUUUAGCCAUUGUGAGAAUGACCGCAUCACUACUUUUAACUCUAUUUCCAACCAACAAAUCAUGGAUUGUUUCUAUGAUUCUUGCUGUAUUUUAUCAGCUUAUUCUUGACACUACCCAUCUGAAGAUGUUUGUUUUAUAUGGGAGUGAUGGCAAAGAUACAAGGGUUGGAUUUUUAAAUGCUAACAGAGAAGGAGUGUUCUCCCUUUUUGGUUAUCUGGCUAUCUAUAUGGCUAGUGUGCAAGUGGGGUUAUAUUUGUUAAAGAAGAGAACUUUAGUCAAGGACUGGAUUGAAGUAAUAUGUUUCUUUCUGCUGACAGUUUUCAUACUCUUUAUAUUUCUUCCUAUGUCUCAAGUUUAUGUUGAGCCUGUGUCCCGCAGGAUGGCUAAUCUGCCUUUUUGCAUCUGGAUAGUUGCUCAGUGCCUGAUAUUUUUAAUCUGUUUUUUAGUGACUGAUCUUAUUUUGGUGUUUACAAAACUUCUGGUAAAUGGGUCUCGAGUGCCUUGCUGUUGGAAUUUUACACAACCACCUAAUACAAAUACAAAGCACGAUUCAGAGCCCACAUCUAUCAAAAGAGAAAGACAGUGGCUAAGUAUUUGCAUAAUUAAUGCUAUUGAUAAAAAUCAGUUAGUUUUUUUCUUGCUAGCAAAUGUUAUGACUGGCAUAGUGAAUAUGAUGAUAGAUACAAUCCACAGCAAUACCACAUUUACCUUAUUUGUGCUACACUUGUAUAUGUUUACUAACUGUUUAAUUAUGUAUAUAUUGCAUGCAAAAAACGUAAUAUUAAAAUGCUGGUGACUAUUGAAACUACUUGUGUUCUAGUACUUUGUAUCUUAAGUGUACAAGUAAAAUUUAUAUUUUGUUAGCCAUGCUCAAGUGAUAGUUUUAAUGGAAAAUACAAAUUUUGUCUUAGAUUUAUUUCUGUGCAAACAUGUUGGUUUGUAGUAUACUGUGUAUUUAUGAUUUAUAUCUAGGCUUGGCAGGAUUCAGUUUAAAAAAAAUUUUUUUGACAGUUAAUAUCAGUGUUUAUUUUUAAGCAUUUUCCCUAUGUUUACCAAUUUAAAUUUCAGGUGUGCAAAAUUAUGGGUUUUAAGCAUUUUUUUGGUAUUUUUAUCUAUCUAAAUUUUCACAAUUGCGGGAAAUUAUGGAGAUCAGACAUUGGGGAAGGUCAGACAAUCAUUUAAUGACAGUAGACAUUUUGAUUCAAGAAGUUAAAGCUUUAUAGCUAUUAAUGCACAAAUUGUCAACAUAACAGAACUUACUAAGUAAAUAUCCUUAAAUCAAACUAAGUUUUUAAGCAGCAUUUUUCUUACUAUGGUUUUCUGUAAAUUUCAACUAUUAUUGAUGGAAAUAUUUGUUGUUGUUGUUGAUUUGUGUCCUGACAGUGAAAUUGACAUUUACUGGAAAAAAACCUAAUCCUUCCAGGUCUAUUUUUACCAAAUGAUACCAUCACCCAGUGAAAUUUAUGGAAAAUGUAACACUUUUUUUUUUUUUUUUUUAAAUAAACACCUUAUUUACA